AUGUUGUCGAGGAGGAUUCUCUGUUCGACGCGACGCCUGAAUACUCUCCAUCGACCGUUUUCGAAUGCAAGCAAAACUGUAGCUUCAGCGGUGUACACCGGCUCUCCCAAUGCGCACGACCCUGCCGUCAAUUCGACACCAGAACUAACGCAGGAACAGCACCAAAUCUUGGAUACUGCACUUCGCGUGGAUCAAGCAGGCGAGGUUGCCGCCAAUUGGAUCUACAAUGGACAGUUGUUCGUUCUCGGUCGCGACCCCAAAGUCGGGCCCCUGAUACAAGAUAUGUGGGACCAGGAGAAGAAACACUUGAUGGUCAUGGACAAGCUACAAGUGCAGCACCGAAUACGCCCGACCGUGCUUUCCGAAGUUGCGAAAGUCGCAGGAUUUGCGCUAGGGGCGGCCACCGCACUCAUGGGCAAGGAAGCUGCUAUGGCAUGUACUGAGGCAGUUGAGACGGUCAUUGGGGAACACUACGACGAUCAACUCAAAGAAAUGGAAGCCCUACCUUCCACCCACCCGAGUAUUCCGCUGCUGAGAGAUGUUGUGAAGGAGUUUCGUGACGAUGAACUAGAGCACUUGGAUAUUGCUGUAGAGAACCACUCUCAACGGGCACCAGCACACGCAUUAUUGAGCACAAUCGUAGGGGGAGGGUGUAAGGUCGCAAUAGAAGUGUGCAAGAGAAUCUAA